UAAAAAAAAGAACGAUACGCCUUUCCGCAAUACGCAAAUAUAAUGACAGAGUUGCUCGUGCCGAUGACAACGCCAACUGAGAGAAUAGGGGCCGCAAUUCUGGCAGACAAGCCGGAACCACAGCCAGAAGUGCGCGCUCCUGCGAGGCUCGUUCCGUUUGCCGCUGGCGUGUUUUGUUCGUUUUGUGAUUCGGCCGCUGGACGGCGUAAGAAGUUUCCAAUCUGCGUCCUGGGGUGGUGAGAAACAAAGCCACUAUCAGCGGUCGGCGCGGCCGAGACGAACAAUACAAGCGAUCGCCGUCAGAUAACCCUGCGUGCCCACGACGACGGCGGUGGACGGGAGCCGCUCACUGAGCGCACAGCAAUGCGACGGGCGGGAGCCACAGCUGAGGACGGCAUACGGUUCCGCUUCAAGCAGCAGUACACGCCAGAGCAGAGGAAGCAAGAGGCGGACGCUAUCCUCCAGAAGUACCCGCAACGUAUUCCUGUGAUCGUCGAGCGGGCGCCCAACUCGCACGUUCCUUCCAUAGACAAGCAGAAGUUCCUGGUGCCCAAUGACAUCACGGUGGCGCAGUUUAUGUGGAUCGUGCGCAAGCGCAUCCAUCUCUCGCCGGAGAAGGCACUCUUCGUCUUCGUUGGCCGGCUUAUGCCCCAAUCUAGCCUCAGCAUGGGAGACCUAUACGCCACGUACCACGACGACGACGGCUUCCUCUACCUCGCCUACAGCGGCGAAAACACGUUCGGCGGCCUACGCUCCGGAGCAAGUGUGCCCCUACAGACUUGAACUGUCGUGCCUGCGUGCCUCGUAGCGCGCUGCUCGUCUCUGUGGUUCGCGGUGCACAAUCAGCGGCCGCCUCCAUUUUAAAACAAUACUCCCGCUUACCCUUCUGUGGCGGCUCUUCUUUCUUUCUUUCUUUUUUAUCUCUCGUGUCGUCGGGGCCCCUUGCGCAUCCCCUACAAAACGACAUCAAAAAAUGGCAGCUUCCCGCAUAUAAAAUUAGCUCUUAAUGUAUGUGCUUGCGGGUUUCCAUCGCUGCGUGUCGCGCAAGCACGAGGAUAUGACCACGAAGUGUUUAGAACCGCGCCUAACAGCUCCUACCUCGGUGCUCUCAGUGCUGUAUUUAAACUUUGACCAGUCCAAUCGGUUGGCAAGCUUAAACGUUUAGGCUAUCAGCUGGCUCCAGAUUGCACCAGGCGAAACUAUGUUCCAGGCUUUCGGUCACCAUUCCUUUCAAAGCAUCCGUGGCUCCGCCAAUGCUUUUUUUUUUUCGCCCGCACGGAAGAGCGCGCGCGCCAUAUUCAGUGUUAUGUGCUCAUUUUAAGCUUAUGUCGCGUACGCAGCGUCUGAUUUUUUGAAUGCAUCGUUUCCGUUCUGCCUUUGCGAACACGUGCGCUAUAGAUUCAAAUGUGCUAUACCAUGUGUCCCGUCUGCCACUUUCUGCACCACCGUGAAAAUCAGUAUUAAAACACCCGCAAAACACUGGCGAUCAGUGCUGAAUGAAUCUUGGCUAAACAAAAGUUCUCACAAAUGACAAAAAAGAUCUGGGUCAGAUUUGUAGGUUUUUUCAACUAUAUGAACAGAAGUGCAGGGUUCGAUUUCGUCUGCUCAUUUCUCUUCUUCCGAGCGCGUUGUCAUUCAUGCAAUGGUUUUAAUGUGAAUACUCGAAAGGGCUUCAACUUUUGUUCACCUUUGUUUCGGAUGUGAAUGGUGCUUGAGAAAUAAAGAAUGCGACCAGCCCAAAAAGUC